CAGUUUUCAUUGAAUGUUCUUUUGUGAAAACAUUACAAUAGUUAUGACAAAUUGUAAGUUUUCUAAAAUAUAAUUUCAGGUUGUUCAGAGGAAACAGUACAUUCAAUUUGUCAUAUACUCCUACAUCAGAUGUGCCUGAGCCCUUAAAUGAUCCCAAUAUGGUUGUUGCGACUGAAAGAGAUGGUUCCGGUGAUAGUAAUUUUGGGGUACCUACUCCAUCAGUUUUUUCCGUUCAGAGAACUCCAGGAAAUUUAUUUAUGCUCAUAUGUGUAUUCACAUGUCACAAUUUUUUCAUUUGCAAAGCUUAACAUAUUUGUAUUUUUGUAAAUUUCAGUUCUUGUGCCUCCUGCAAAUUUGUGUGUGGCUCAUUUCCCAGAGGUUCCUCCAACAGUUUUCCCUCUGUAUCAUGAAGGGCUUGCCUUGAAUUGGGAAUGUUUUGUUUAUGCUCCACUGCAACAGUCUGCUGACAGUGACAUUGGUGAAGUUGAUUGGUUUCCCACACCCACAGGUUUUUGUAUGGAAAAUGCAAAUGCUCAUGAUCCUCCACCUGAUCUACCAGGUACUCAUAAAAACUCAUUAGAAGACAAAUUGUACGAGGGAUGUCAACUGUCUCUCUAUGACAGCAUGGUUUCAAUCCUAGCCUUCUCCCAGUCUGUUCACAUGAGUGGUACUGACUUCUGCAAGCUUUUAGACUUGUUGCAUGUGUUACUACCUAAGUCCUGUAAACUACCUAACUCUAAGCAUAAGUUUUUCAAACAUUUCAAAAGUGAUGAUACUGAAAUGCAAUUAGUUCACUACUGCAACAUAUGUUGGAAAUACCGUAAAGACAUGCAUGAUGUGUGCAACUGCAAAGGUAGUCGUAUUAAAUAUUUUAUUAAGUGUUCAAUUGAAUCUCAGCUGCGCAAAAUGUUUGAACGCCCUGGCUUUGUAGAAAAAUUGCGUCAUAGGCAUUCUAGAAUGAAAUUUGAUCGGUAUAACAUUGAAGACACUUAUGACAGUACUGUUUACAAAUCAGGUGCAGAAAAAUUUCUAGUGAAUGAUUUAUGUGUAUCAUUAACUUGGUAUGCAGAUGGAGUGUCUCUGUAUGAGUGCAGUUCGUAUUCUUUAUGGCCAUUCGUGUUUGUGAUCAAUGAGUUGCCUCUCUCAGAGCGCUUUAAGCCUGAAAAUUUUAUUCUUGGAGGGUUGUGGGGUGAUGGUGAAAAACCACGUUCAAAUACUUUUUUACUGCCUAUGUAUGAAGAGCUUUCAAAGCUAAAGAAAGGUUUUAAUGUGAAACUUCACCAGUAAGAGGAAUGUGAGGCAAGAGCUAUUGUAAUCACUGGAACGUGUGAUGUGCCAGCUAAGGCUUGCUUUAUGUGCAUGAAAGGUCACAGUGGGUACUGCUCAUGUCCCAAGUGUUUUAUAGUUGGUGAAAAUAGUGAUAGAACUGGAAAAGUUACUGUUUUUCCUCAUCAAGAGGAGCUAGAGUAAAGGGAUAAUGAAAACUACAAAAAAUGUCUGGAACAGUGUAUGGCCUCUAAACAAGAGCACUUAGGGGUGAGUGGCCCCACCCUGCUGUCUUACAUUUUGUCCUCCUCUUUUUUUGAUUCUGUUUGUAUUAAUUCCAUGCACUGCUUAUUUACUGGCAUCACCAAGCAAUUUUUGACUCUCUGGUUUAGUUCUCAAUACUCUUCCGAACCUUUUUCACUCUCAACAAAAAUAGAGAAAGUUUACUCACUUUUGAAAAAUUUAAAUCUUCCUCACUUUGUGCAACGUUUACCUGAGGAUGUGACUAAACUGGGGUAUUGGAAGGCCUCUCUCUGUUGAAAUUUUAUUUCGUAUAUAGUUUUACCACUUUUGCAUGGAAUAAUGAAGCCUCGGUUCUUUAAUAAUCUUUCAAAUUUAGUGCAGGCUAUUGCUAUGUUAAACAAGUCCAGUAUUUCCCCUGAAGAGUUGGUAGAGGCUGACAUGAAAUUGAAGGCAUUUUGUUGUGAUUUUGAGAAGUUGUACGGUGUUCGCCAUAUGUCUUCCAAUAUACACCUUCUAAGGCAUCUUGCUGCUUCUGUGUAUCAGACUGGAAAUUUAUUUGUUAGCAGUUGUUUUCGUUUUGAAGACCUGAACGGAAAACUGGCAGCGCUUACCCAUGGUACCCGCCAUGCAACUAUGCAAAUCUUUUCGCAUUUUUCUGUCUUGACUGAGUUGCCUUUACAUGUUUCAAAACUUUCAUCAACUGAUGCUAAACUGUUCUGUAAAUCUCUCCUUGAGCGUCGGUUCAACAUACCUCGGAGUGAAAAAAUUUCUAGUGGCACUUAUGUAGUGGGUAAUUUUGAUGUAAGUCACAGUUGUUUAGACUAUUUGCAGCAGAUUUUCCCUGACCUCUCAAUUCUUACGUUUUCACGAUUGUACAAAGAAAAUCAGUUGUAUGUUGCUGAAACAUACCAACGAGGGUCACGGGAAUCCGCCUAUUGCUGCUAUUUGUCAGAUAACAAUCACCAGCUGCAUGGUAAAAUUCUGACAUUAGUGAAAUCGACUAGUAAUAAUGAGUACUUUGCUGUAGUUUGUAGGUCGCAUUGUUCUCCAGCUCCGUUUUCAAGGUAUUUUUACUUCUCAGCGAGUCCAAUCACUGACUUAGUCCCUGUUAAAAAUUUGCUGUGGGUAUCUUUUUGUUUAUCUAUCAAAGGCAAAGUCUACCUUGUUGACCCACUAAACUCUUUUGAAUUAGAGUAGAAUUGUACGCCAGUAUUUCUAUAAACGAAUGUGUGA